AUGGAGGGCGCGCCUGCGCCGCCACGUGGCAGCGGAGCAAAUGCGGAGUUUUACCUGCCGAACUAUCGGUUAGGGAAGACGCUGGGUGUGGGGUCGUUCGGCAAGGUGAAGGUAGCGGAGCACGUACUAACGGGACAUAAAGUGGCGAUUAAGAUCCUGAACCGGCGGAAGAUUAGAUCCAUGGACAUGGAGGAAAAAGUGCGGAGGGAGAUCAAGAUCCUGCGGCUGUUCAUGCAUCCGCACAUCAUCAGGCUGUACGAGGUCAUCGAGACACCCGCGGACAUAUUCGUGGUGAUGGAGUACGUCAAGGCGGGCGAGCUCUUUGAUUACAUCGUCGAGAAAGGGCGGCUACUUGAAGAUGAAGCCAGACGUUUUUUCCAGCAGAUUGUGAGCGGCAUCGAGUACUGCCAUCGCAACAUGGUGGUGCACCGGGACUUAAAGCCCGAGAACCUGCUGCUGGACGCCAAGGGCAACGUCAAGAUCGCCGACUUUGGGCUCAGCAACGUCAUGCGCGACGGCCACUUCCUCAAGACGUCCUGUGGUAGCCCCAACUACGCUGCCCCUGAGGUGAUAUCAGGGCGGCUGUACGGAGGUCCCGAGGUGGACGUGUGGAGUUGCGGGGUGAUUCUGUACGCGCUGCUGUGUGGCAGCCUUCCAUUCGACGAUGAAAACAUUCCCAACCUCUUUAAGAAGAUCAAGGGAGGCAUCUACGCUCUCCCCCACCAUCUCUCAGCGGGUGCGCGCGACCUGAUACCGCGAAUGCUCCUGGUGGACCCAAUGAAGCGCAUCACCAUCCCCGAGAUCCGCCACCACCCCUGGUUCCUCGCCAAGCUCCCCCGCUACCUCGCUGUUCCGCCACCCAACGCCGCCGAGCAGGCCAAGCGGAUCGACGAGGAGAUAUUUCAGGUGGUGACCAAGAUGGGGUUCGAUCAAGAACACCUGGCGGAGUCCCUACGGGAGCGGCGCACCAACAAGGCCACAGUCGCCUACUACCUGCUUCUCGACUCGCACCGCCGCAUCUCCACGGGCUAUCUGGGCGCGGAGUUCAACGAGCACAAGGAGGGGCAGCAGCAGCACGCCUCACACGCGCUUGCGGCUGAUGGGUCCCCGCUGGUGGCGGCGAGGGGCGGGCUGGGGCAUGCGCUGGUGGCGAGGCGGAGUGUUGGGAGCGGGGGAGGCGGGGGGAGUGGAGGGCUGGGCAUGGGGGUGCCGGGGUCCCCGGCGCAUAAUCACCAGCGGGUUGUGGCGGACAGGAAGUGGGCACUGGGUCUGCAGGUGAAGGUCUCCUCCCCCUCCCUCACCCCUCUCCCCUCCUCCAUCACCUUUUUCUGUUCACCCUCUUCCCUCACCAUCCUCCCCUUCCUCCUCCUCCAUCGCCGCUCACUCUCCCCAAUUCCCUCUUCAUCCUCCCUCCCCUCCAUUCUCUCCCCUUCCCCCACACCCAAUGGAGGCCUGAUUCCCCCCACUCCAUCCCCCCCUCCUUUCCUUCAUCAUCAGUCCCGCGCGCACCCAAUGGAGGUGAUGGGGGAGGUGUUCCGCGCACUGCAAGCGCUGCAGGUGCGGUGGAAGAAGCUCUCCCCCUACGUCGUCAAGUGCCGCUGGGACGGCCCCCUCCCCUUCCCCCCCACCUCCUCCUCCUCCGGUGCUGCCUCUAGCACAGCCUCCUGGGUGCAUGGGCAUGGGCGUGGGGGUGGGUAUGGUGGGGGCGGUGGGGAUGCGGAUGGGAUGCUGGUGGAUGGCGGGAGGCUGGAUGGUGUAAGGACGAUACAGGACGAGAGAGGCCGCCCGGUGAUUCCUGUGGAGGCGCUGGUGGGCGGCGGGGUUCGGCGUUUACUGCGGUUUGAGAUGCAGCUGUUCAAGGUGCGCGAUGAGAAGUAUCUCCUGGACGUGCAGCACGUGGACGGCUCCCACAUGCUCUUCCUCGACCUCAGUGCCGACUUCCUCGCCGAGCUGCAUGCGGCUGAUUGUCUCCUUAACUGCACCAGGCUGCUUUACACCUUCUCCUCUGCACCAGGCUGCUUCACACCUUCUCCUCUGCACCAGGCUGUUUCUGCUGCUCCCCUUUCUCGCACCAAGCUGCUGCUUCUCUGCUUCAAGGUUAAAGGAUUCCUCUCCCCUCCUCUAGAGAAGGCGGCUGCUUCUCCCAUUCUCCCAUCAACUGCACCAGGCGGCUGCACCCCUUUCUCGCACCAAGCUGCUUCACCGAUUCAGGGCUUAGUGGUUCUACUGCCCUUCUCUACACCAGGCGGCUGCUUCUUCCCUUCAGGGUUUGGGGGCACCUCUCUCCUCUGCACCAGGAUGGAUGCUUUUCCCCUUCUCUGCACCAGGAGGCAAUUGCUUCUCUCCUUCUCCCCUUGUCUGCACCAGGCGGCUGCUCCCCUUAACUGCUUCAGGCGGCUGCUACAUCAGACGGUGGCUGCUCCUCUCCACUGCUCCGUCCCUCUCUCCCUGUGGCUCCAGGCUGACGCAUCAAGCUGCUUCACACCUCCUCUGCACCAGGCUGCUUCACACCUCCUCCGCACCAGGCUGCUUCACACCUCCUCCGCACCAGGCUGCUUCACACCUCCUCUGCACCAGGCUGCUUCACACCUCCUCUGCACCAGGCUGCUUCACACCUCCUCUGCACCAGGCUGCUUCACACCUCCUCUGCACCAGGCUGCUUCACACCUCCUCUGCACCAGGCUGCUUCACACCUCCUCUGCACCAGGCUGCUUCACACCUCCUCUGCACCAGGCUGCUUCACACCUCCUCUGCACCAGGCUGCUUCACACCUCCUCUGCACCAGGCUGCUUCACACCUCCUCUGCACCAGGCUGCUUCACACCUCCUCUGCACCAGGCUGCUUCACACCUCCUCUGCACCAGGCUGCUUCACACCUCCUCUGCACCAGGCUGCUUCACACCUCCUCUGCACCAGGCUGCUUCACACCUCCUCUGCACCAGGCUGCUUCACACCUCCUCUGCACCAGGCUGCUUCACACCUCCUCUGCACCAGGCUGCUUCACACCUCCUCUGCACCAGGCUGCUUCACACCUCCUCUGCACCAGGCUGCUUCACACCUCCUCUGCACCACGCUGCUUCACACCUCCUCUGCACCAGGCUGCUUCACACCUCCUCUGCACCACGCUGCUUCACACCUCCUCUGCACCACGCUGCUUCACACCUCCUCCGCACCAGGCUGCUUCACACCUCCUCUGCACCAGGCUGCUUCACACCUCCUCUGCACCAGGCUGCUUCACACCUCCUCUGUACCAGUCUGCUUCACACCUCCUCUGCACCAGGCUACUUCACACCUCCUCUGCACCAGGCUGCUACUCCCUUCUCCUCUGCAACGUGCAGCUGCUUCUCCCCUUGUCUGUACCAGGAGGCGGCUUCUUCUCUCCUACUCCCCUUGUAGGCACAAGGAGGCGGCUGCUACUCCCCUUCUGCAACGUGCAGCUACUUCUCCCUUCUCUGCACCAGGCGGCUUCUCCCCUUUAUCGCUCCAGGCGGCUGCUGCAUCAGACGGCGGCUGCUCCUCUCCACUGCUCCGUCCCUCUCUCCCUGUGGCUCCAGGCUGA